CUACGUGCUAUACGAAUUGACCACAAAUUUUUUUGUCACGUGAUCGCAGUGCAGUGCGGCCAUCUUACGGGAGUAAUGAUAUCCGAUUCGGGAAUCGGAACUCGUGUAUCUCCUCUUUUCAAGUGAACCUUCGUGCAAAAUGACGAAGGGAACAUCCAGCUUUGGUAAGCGACGUAACAAGACCCACACUCUGUGUAGGAGAUGUGGUCGCAGCUCAUACCACAUCCAAAAAUCGCAGUGCGCGCAAUGCGGUUAUCCUCAGAGAAAAAUGCGCUCCUAUAACUGGUCCAUUAAGGCUAAAAGGAGGAAGACUACUGGCACUGGCCGCAUGCGUCACCUUAAAAUUGUUCGGCGCAAGUUCAAGAAUGGGUUCAGGGAAGGUGUCCCCAAGCCCAAGGCUGUUGCUGCCAAGUAAUUUCCAUGAACCUUAAUUACAUCUUGUGAAAACUACGAAGUUCUGACACUUAAUAAACAGCUUGAACUUAA